AUGGGGGUCGACUUCGGCGUCGCCAGGUGGCUCCCGCGCGCGUCGGCGGCAUCCGUCGGCAAGGACUUGGAGCGCGACCCCGGCGCCUGGCUGCGGCUGGCCGCGCGCAGCGUGCGGCCAGGGCGCGAGGACGGCUCGGCCGCGGUGUUCUUCGCGCGGUGGUGGCUGGAGGUCCGCUGGGGCCUGGCGCGCGUGUCCAGCACGCCGCCGCCGGUGCUCCGAGACCUCCGGGAGCUGCAGGAGGCGCGGAGGUUCGUGGCCAGCGCGGGCUGGAGCGAGGAGUUGAGUUGGGCGGCGCUCGCCUGGCCGGUCGAGAAGCUGGCGCAGGCGGACGGGCUCGCGCUGGCGGGCUGCCCGCAAGGGCUGGCGCAGGCGGCGGUGCGGCCGCGAGGAGGGGAGCCACGCGCUUCUUCCCCCACGGACUGUUCGCCGCCCCGUGCGUGCACCGUCCAGGCGGCGAGGCUCUGUACUCCCUGCUGCUGCUCCACCCCGGGGACGCGAUCCCGGCCCCCGACGAGGCCCUCGGCCUGCAGGCCAAG